CUCUUUGUGUGGUUAUCGGGAGGACGUACUCUUCAUUGACCUCAGCUAGCUUGACCGAGAGGUACCAAUAACCCAAGAUCGAUGCCGGCAGGAGUGUUCUCGGUGCCGGCGCAAUCCGGCUCCGGCGUGGAGUUCGACGCCAAGAUCACGCCUAUCGUAGUAACCUCCUGCGUCAUGGCGGCCACCGGCGGGCUCAUGUUCGGUUACGACAUCGGCAUCUCAGGCGGGGUGUCAUCCAUGGACGAUUUCCUGCGACAGUUCUUCCCGACGGUGCUGCGGAAGAAGCACGAGAACCGCGGGAGCAACUACUGCAAGUACAACGAUCACGGCCUGCAGCUCUUCACCUCCUCGCUCUAUCUCGCCGGCCUCGCCUCCACCUUCGUCGCGUCCUACACCACCCGCCGGCUCGGACGCCGGGCCACCAUGCUCGUAGCCGGUGUCUUGUUUAUCGUCGGCGUUAUCUUCAACGGUGCCGCACGGAACCUCGGCACGCUCAUCCUCGGCAGGAUCCUGCUCGGCUGUGGAGUUGGCUUUGCGAACCAGGCGGUUCCUCUGUUUCUUUCGGAGAUCGCGCCGACUAGAAUCCGCGGUGGCCUAAGCAUCCUAUUCCAGCUAAACAUUACCUUCGGUAUCUUAUUCGCCAGCCUCGUCAACUACAGCACCAGCAAGAUCCACCCAUGGGGAUGGCGGCUUUCGCUGUCUCUCGGCGGCAUUCCAGCAGUGGUGCUCACCCUCGGCGCGCUCUUUGUGGUAGACACCCCCAACAGCCUUAUCGAGCGUGGCCAGCUAGAGGAGGGCAAAGCCGUUCUCAAGAAGGUUCGCGGCACCAACAACGUGGAGCCAGAGUUUAACGAGAUCGUAGAGGCAAGCCGCGUAGCCUGCAAAGUUAAGCACCCGUUCCGUAGCCUCCUACAUCGUCACAAUCGCCCCUUGAUCGCCACCACGGUCCUCCUCCAGAUGUUCCAGCAGCUGACGGGCAUCAACGCCGUCAUGUUCUACGCACCAGUGCUCUUUGCCACGCUAGGGUUCAAGAACGAUGCAUCCUUAUACUCGGCUGCGGUCACAGGGGCAGUGAACGUGUUGUCAACGCUCGUGUCGAUAUACACCGUAGACUGGGUGGGGCGGCGGAUGCUCUUGCUGGACGCCGGCUUGCAGAUGUUCCUGUCGCUAGCGGCCAUGGCCGUGGUAAUGAAGAUCAAGGUUACAGACCGCUCCGACAACCUUGGCCAUGAUUGGGCCAUCAUGGUCGUCGUCAUCAUAUGCAACUUCGUGUCCUCCUUCGCUUGGUCCUGGGGCCCUCUCGGCUGGCUCAUCCCGAGCGAGACCUUCCCACUCGAGACACGCUCCGCAGGGCAGAGUGUCUGCGUCUGCGUCAACUUCCUCUCCAGCUUUCUCUUUGCGCAGGUCUUCCUCUCGAUGCUCUGCCAUCUCAAUUGCUUCAUAUUUGUCUUCUUUUCCGCUUGGGUUAUCAUCAUGUCCCUCUUCGUCCUCUUCUUCCUCCCCGAGACAACCAAGGUUCCCAUCGAGGAGAUGACCGAAAGAGUGUGGAAACAGCAUUGGUUCUGGAAACGGUUUUUUAUUGACGAUGGCAAUAACCAUGGGGUCAACACUACCACUGUUUAUCAGAGCUCGCCAUCAUAAUCGACGUCACUUGCAUGAAAAUAGUAUUGCUGAACUAAGUGAGUUGGUCGUGUACUUAGGUAGUUCUUCGCUAGUUCUUCCUGGAUGGAUACAAAUACUGAUGUUAAUAAGUGGUAUUUCUAUGGAAAGCCCAAUGCGCCCUUCGUAAUUCUUCUGUGUAUAUAUACUACUUAUUCAAAAAAUUAUUGUAUGUAGGGGUUUCAAAUGUGAUUUUUAGAAUGGUUGCAACUAUAAGUUUCCUAGUUGCAUGGGGUUGCAACUUGCAACUGUAAUUUUUCCAAGAAAAAAUAUACUUAGAUGAUGGUUGAUAUA